AGAUCAGACCACAGUUAUUCUCAUCAACAUUUCAUAGCAGAUGACUCCGAUGAUCGAGUGUACCUAAGUUAUUACUUUCAAGCUGAGGUGCUCCGCUUACUGUUAAGCUUGCUGAUAUUUUGAUUAGAAAGCCAAAGUUAGUUUGUUUAAAUGGAGAAGAUAAGGAAGUGAAUUGAAAAACUUGUAUGCUAAUGUACACUUCAGGAUCAAGAAAUGGCUCACAUCAAAACCUAUGCUAGAAUCAAACCAAGCUGUCAUCUUUUUGAAGGUUUUGAAAUCUCACCUAAAUGGCUAUCUCUACAUGUUCCAGAAUUAUCACAUGAUUAUGGAAGUUCUCCUGGAAAAGUCAGAGCAUCUAUUGGUUAUGAUUUUCAAUUUCAUCAUGUUUUUGAUAUAGAUUGUACUCAGGAUGACAUCUUUGAUAAUGUGGCUAAAGAUAUUGUUGAAGGAUUUGUUAAUGGAUAUAAUGGAACAAUAUUUGCAUUUGGACAGACUGGGUCCGGUAAAACAUUUACUAUGGAAGGUGGAUCACAUAGUUAUAGAGAUCGAGGAAUAGCGCCAAGAGUUCUUUCAACUAUAUAUAAAUAUUUAGAACAACGAGAAGAUGAUGAUGUGACUGUAGAAAUAUCUUAUUUAGAGAUUUACCAAGAAGUGGCAUAUGAUUUACUUAGUUCUGCUGCCUUAAACACUUUCUCACCUGUAGUUCCACUUCCUAAGAUAUCUGUUGUGGAAGGUUUAGAAGGUUUGUUUGUUAUGAGAAAUCUAUCUUUACAUAUAGCUGCUAAUGAACAGGUGGCACAGUGUCUGCUGUUACAAGGACAAUCUAAUCGUAAAGUUGCUGAAACACCUGUCAAUCAAAGAUCAUCUCGAUCUCAUGGUGUUGUUACAAUACAUUUAACAUGUAAAGCUAAAGGUUCCGAUAUAAUUGUCAGAUCCAAGUUACAUCUGGUUGAUUUAGCUGGUUCAGAGCGUGUAUCUAAAACAGGAGUUGAUGGUCAGCAAUUAUCAGAAGCUAAAUCUAUUAAUUUAUCAUUACAUCAUCUAGAAACGGUUAUUAUAGCCUUACAAGCUGAUUCUAUAGAAACUGGUAGACAGAGACUGAAUAUUUUUCCACCCAAGAGGAGGAAAUUGUUUAACUGCUAUGAUAGCAACUGUAUCAUUAGAAUGUCAGAAUCUUGGAGAAUCAAUCUCUACUUGUAGAUUUGCUCAAAGAGUUGCCUGUAUAGCUAAUCAUGUUACGAGAAAUGAAGAAGUAGAUGAUAAAACCGUUAUUAAACAGUUACGUAAGAAAGUAGCAGAAUUAGAAUCAGAAGUAGCG